AUGGGGUCGGCUUCGAGUAGUUUGGAUAGCAGCACAGCUGGGUAUCACAUAUUGAAGGUUCAAGAUGGAUCGCCAGGUCAGAAAGCUGGACUCGAGGCAUUUUUUGACUUCAUAGUGUCAGUUGGCGACAUAAGAUUGCAUCAAGACAAUGAGAGCAUCAAAGAUGUGUUGGCCAAAUACAAGGACACGCCAAUGCGUUUGGAGGUGUAUUCCUCUAAAACACAGGAAUUCCGCGAGGUCACGCUGAUUCCUAGCUCCGAUUGGGGUGGUCAAGGGCUUUUAGGUCUCAGCAUUCGUUACUGCUCUUUCAAGGGAGCUAGUGAGAACGUUUGGCACGUGCUCGAGGUCUCCCCUGGAUCGCCUGCUGCCAUGGCUGGACUGCAACCCUUCACGGACUACAUAAUUGGCACUGAUGCUCUCCUCAAUGAUGUGAGUAUCCGCUUCACAGUAUCUUUGGUGGCCUCACGUUAUAAAACGCUCAUAUUUUAUCUCUCAAUUUUCAGCGGCUCUUAA